AUGGUCCACGCUUUCUUGAUCCACACAAUUCGCUGCCGGCCUGGGGAUGAGGCCGGGCCCUGCCGGGUGCUGUAUUCAAGAGUCUUCGGUCCCGAAACGUUGGAAGAGGGCGGAUGUCAGGAUGUCGAGAAGGAGCGGCUGUGCAGAAAGGAACAGAUCCUGGCUGUGGCAAGGCAAGCAGAAUCGGUGUGCAAAUUAUCUCAGCAGGCCUCCGGGAAGCCCCCCUCCGACCACCUCAUCCAGCUGCCUGACGAGCCCGUUUCCCUGCAGGACGCUCCGUCGGGGGUCUUCCGCCUCCCCUCGGGGGACCCCUUCCGUGAGGACAAGGCCGUUCUGUGGCUGGGGGUCCAGUGCCUGGGCUUCGCUCUGGUCUGCGACCCGCACGAGAACCUGAUGCUGGCCGAGAGCACCCUGCGGCUGCUGGCGAAGGAGCUGCUGGACCACCUCAAGCUGCUGAGCUCAGGAAGCGACGUGGUGCUGAAGGCCGACAAGACCGAGGUCAUCCUCAGCAAGUUGCUGCCCCACGGCCAGCUGCGCUUCCUGAACGACCAGUUCGUGCGGGGUCUGGAGAAGGAGGUGGCCGCCUCACUGGGCAAAUAG